AUGGCCCCAAGCAAUCCGUCAUACAUCAUCAUCGGUGCUGGGGUAUUCGGUGUAUCAACUGCCUAUACCCUUAUUCAGAAGUACCCAAACGCUUCAGUCACACUUGUAGACCGAGAUGCAUAUGACGCGGACUCUCGCGUGGCAGCUUCAUGGGAUUGGAACAAGGUGAUUCGCGCCGACUACGACGACAAAGUUUACUGCAAACUAGCUCUUGAAGCGCAAGACAUCUUCAAAUCGGAUCCUCUGUGGCAGCCCCAUUUCCACCAAACCGGUGUGUACUGGAAUUGCCGCAGUGACUACGCACAAAAUGUCAUCAGCAACCACAAAGACCUCGGCCGUACCGACGAUAUCAUUGCGCUUCCUGUCGCAGAGGCGCGAAAGCUGUACGGUGGCAUUUUCGAUAAUGCGGACUACACCGGCGUCAAGGAGGUUCUCAUCAACAGAGCUAGUGGUUGGGCCGCUGCCGGAGACGCGCUUCGCGCCGUCACAAAAAGGUGCUUGGAGUUGGGCGUGAAGUAUGUGACUGCUGAGGUUGCCACCCUCGAAUUCGACGGUCGUGGCUCCUGUACUGGCGUGAAGACAAAAUCAGGAGAGGUGUUGUCGGCUACCCAUGUUAUUGUUGCUGCGGGCGCUUUCACGCCCACGUUACUGGAGUGGAGUGCUGCGAAGAGCGGGAACACUGGUCUCCGGGCUGGAGAGCGCAUUCUGGCUGCUGGUAUUACGACUGGAAUGGCACAGCUCGAUGAGGAGCAGUACAAGAAAUAUAAGGAUAUGCCCGUUGGUUUCCAGGGCUACACACCAGAGCAGGGCAAGCCAUUCAUUGGUACUCUUCCUCCUACCAAUGACAGAGAGCUCAAGUGGUGGGGAUCUAAGAUUUUCACAAACACCCGAGAGGUUCUCCCUGGCCGCUCCAUCUCUUCCCCUCCGCCCACAUUCGACUACAACCAGUGGAAGGUCCCCGGACCUCUCAAGCAGGAUAUCAUCGAGGCCAGGAAUCUGUGGUAUGGACCCGAGAGUGCGACUUGGAACAUGACCAAGCACCGAAUCUGCUGGGACGCCUUCACCACAACCUCUGACUUUAUUAUUUCUCCUCACUCCGCCUCCAAGGGUCUCUAUGUCGCAACUUGUGGUUCUUUCCACGGCUACAAAUUCUUCCCUGUGCUUGGGAAGUACGUCACACAGAUGCUUGAAGGCGAGCUUGCGCCCGAAUUAGUAGAGAAAUGGGCUUGGGAUCGGCAGCGACCUGAUUCAUCGCAGAAUGUGGAGUAUCCCAAUUCCGAGAUGAGACAUCUGUUGCAGCCGGCGGCGAAGCUAUAA